AUGGCUGCCACAAUUAUUUCUAAGAAGAGAAAGUUAGUCGCUGAUGGUGUUUUCUAUGCCGAGUUGAACGAGUUCUUCACCAGAGAGCUUCCAGAGGAAGGUUACGCUGGUGUUGAAGUUAGAAUCACUCCAACCAAGACUGAGGUUAUUAUCAGAGCCAGUUCCACUCAAAGAGUUCUCGGUGAGAAGGGUAGAAGAAUUAAGGAGUUAACUAUGUUGAUUCAAAAGAGAUUCCACUUUGCUCCAGGUUCGAUUGUCUUAUACGCCGAGAGAGUUGAGAACAAGGGUUUGUCCGCUGCCACUCAAUGUGAGUCCUUGAGAUUCAAGUUGUUGAAUGGUUUGGCUGUUAGAAGAGCUGCUUAUGGUGUUAUCAGAUUCGUCAUGGAAUCCGGUGCCAAGGGUGUUGAGGUCAUCAUCGCCGGUAAGGCUAAAGGUGCCAGAGCUAAGGCUAUGAAGUUUGCCGAUGGUUUCAUGAUCCAUACUGGUCAGCCAUCUAAGGACUUUAUUGAUAUUGCUUGUAGACAUGUUUUGAUGAGACAGGGUGUUUUGGGUCUAAAGGUUAAGAUCAUGCUUGACCCAUCUGCCGCCAAGAAGGGUCCAAGAACUUUGCCUGAUGCCGUCGUUAUUCACGAGCCAAAGGAGGAGGAGCCAAUUGCUGCUCCUUAUGUUCAUGUCUACAAGGAAAUUCCAGAGAAUAAGGUUGCUGCUGCUCCUGCCCCAGGUGAGGAUGCUCCAGUCGAAGCUGCUCCUAUUGAGGCUUAA